UAUAUUUUACCCACAGGGAAGAAAUUGGUUUAUAUUGAGCCAUCUAGGAGAGUUAAAGAAAUACUUGAAGAAGAGCUUUAUUUUCAGAAAGAAGCAUGCCAAAUUAAACAUCCAGCUGCAGUGGCUCUGGAAGGAAUUUGGAGUGUGAAAAAGAAUUUCUCCAUUGGAAGCCCGACACCAGUGACACAGAACAGAAACAAUUUACUUUUACAACCUCAAUUCUACUCAAGGCAUGCAGGAAUGAAAAAUUGCUGAAUUUCAGUGCUGUGAAGAACUGAGCCUGUUGUGAUGUGUCAAAUCAAACAUCAAAAUGACGAGCUGCCUUUAGAAAUGUAGAUUGGUAUUUCUAAGAUUUUGAAGAAAGCUCUGUGUGGAUAGGGAGCUAUUUCCUUUGUUGUUGUUUUAGUCAUGUCCUUGUACUUCUUUUUUAUCAGAUGUUGUAGUAGCCAAAUCUGAUCCAUAUUUCAGCCAGUGAUGAAGAUGCCACAGUCUAAAGAUAACAAAAUGUUCUUCCUGACAAAAAUGUGCUACUGUGAAACUUGACAUUUUCAUAGGCUUCUCUGUUGCAAAGUGAUUUUAAGUUCCAGCAGAAGAUUGUAACGUAAUUGAAGAGGUGCCUUAAAAUGCCUUAGGCUGUACAUUCAUUAAAUUGAGCAGUUCAUAAGACAAGAGUUUGUGAAUCAGUAGCUAGCCUGAUUUAAUAAAAGU